CUGCACGCGCGCGCAUUUCCUGCUCUUUCGCUGUACUCGUGUUCGUGUAGUCGUAUUUGCUCGGCAACCAUGGCAGCCGCCGGGGGCAAGUCGAAGGAGGCGGACCCCGCGCGGUGCAGGAGGCACCCGAGGCACCGGCACUCGGCCGGCGUGUGCCCCUUCUGCCUGCGAGACCGGCUCUCGCGCCUCUCGGCAGCGGCCGCACGCUCCGGCGCCGGAGCCAACGCCGCACCCUCCUCCUCGUCGCCGGCCUCCUUGCCGUGCUCGUCGUGGGAGGAGAGCGUCGCGCCAUCGGCACAGGCGCCGCCACGACGCGAGAGGCUGGGGUUGCUAUUGCGGCAGGAGGCGAGGGAGACGGCGGCGCUCGGCGCGGGACGUCGGGAGGAGGCGCCGCCACCCGAGGGGGAGAUGGAGACGGACAAGAAGGCGAAGAGGGGCAACUUCUGGGCGCGGCUGCAGCAGCAGCUCCACCCCGGGGGACGGCACUGGAAGGAAGGGUGCUCGCUCGCGCACUCCAGAGCGGCCGCGGAGAAGAGCGCCACCGCCGCGCCGCUGGUCUGAUGCGCGCGCGGCCUGGAGGCGGCCAUGCAGUGGGCGAGCGCGUUGAGGUGUUUCGUUUGUGUAUUCCUGCGUUUGAACUGUUGAUUAUCUGGCGCCAUCUUUCGUCUUCUUUCUUUCUCCCCUGUGAGGCUGUGACUGCUGGUGCGAAUGACCCUGUGCCCGGGUGUCGAAAGGCAGCAGAAAGGCUAGCCCAUUUUGUAACAUCACCAAGAAAAAAAAUCUUGCACUCGGCUCGAUCGCGUUGUUCUUCUCCGGUCAUGGUGCCGUGACCAAACCGAUCAUGUUCACUGGUU